CCCCACUUUUCUUACGAAAUCAAGACGAAAAGAACCAAGAGGAUGCUUCUAAUUAGAUUUUCGAAAAUCCCAUCAUCGAGAAUUAAAAGUGCAUUGAAACGAAUUUUCGUUUAACGUCAACGUCGUUCUAAUUUUGAAACGGGACACAUUUAGUUUUUCUUGGACUGAAGACAACUUGAACUAACGCCAAAAAAUUGACAGUUUUGUAACUAAGAGUGAAUCGUCAAAUUCGUUUGCUUUGUCGGUUUAUUUCGCAUCAAAACACAAAUAAGAAUGCCGCUAGAAAAUUUAGAAGACCAAGGGUUAGAAAAGACCCCAAAUUUGGAGCUGGCCCAAUACAAAUUUCUUUUAACUCUCCCGGAAUAUCGCUCCGAUAGAAAUGUUCACACAAAAAUCUCCGAAGCCAUCAAAAAGGACGAUAUGGCACCUUGGUACGAACUAGUUUGCAAAGACGCGGGUUGGAAAUUAGAUCAAGCAUUUCUAAAGCAAAUGCAAACCCGUAAUGAAGAACAAAUUGUAAAGCUAAACGAAACGAUUGAGGACGCCGAAAAAAAUCUCUCUGAAAUGGAAGUGAGAGACGCGUAUCUACGCAAAGCUGAGUAUUACUGCAAAAUCGGCGACAAAGAGAAUGCGAUAUCAACGUUUCGUCAAGCUUAUGAUAAAACGGUUUCUUUGGGACACCGGCUUGAUAUUAUUUUUUAUAUGAUACGAAUUGGGUUGUUCUUUAUGGACCAUGACAUCAUUACUAGGAAUAUCGAUAAAGCGAAGGCUUUAAUCGAGGAGGGGGGCGAUUGGGAUCGUAGAAAUCGAUUAAAAGUUUAUCAAGGAGUUUAUUGCAUGUCGGUGAGGGACUUUAAAAACGCUGCGAAUUUAUUUUUGGAGACUGUCAGUACAUUUACUUCGUACGAGUUGAUGGAUUAUAAAGCAUUUGUGAGGUACACCGUUUACGUCUGCAUUAUUAGCUUACCAAGGAAUCAAUUGAGAGAUAAGGUUGUAAAAGGAUCGGAAAUUUUGGAAGUGUUGCAUUCAGAGCCAUUUGUUAAAGAUUACCUUUUUUCUUUGUAUAAUUGCCAAUAUGCUGAAUUCUUUAUUAAUUUAGCUAAAGUUGAAGAAAUUCUCCGUAAAGAUUAUCUACUUCACCCCCAUUACCGUUAUUACGUCCGAGAGAUGCGCAUUUUAGCCUACACCCAACUUUUAGAAUCAUAUCGAUCAUUAACUCUCCAAUACAUGGCAGAAGCUUUCGAUGUAUCACAAGAUUUCGUCGAUCAGGAAUUAUCAACAUUUAUCGCCUCAGGAAGAUUACACUGCAAAAUUGAUCGCGUCGGAGGCAUCGUUGAAACUAAUCGGCCCGAUUUAAAGAACGCCCAAUUCAAUUCUGUAAUAAAACAAGGCGAUUUAUUAUUACAGCGCGUCCAAAAAUUAUCGCGAGUUAUUAAUAUUUAAUCAAAUAACAUUUUUUUUUGUGAAUUUUUUAAUAAAUUAUUUUGAGUUUAUUAAAAA